GUGCUCUUUGCCACAUCAAACAGCCCUUUCUGUGUUGAUAUAUUCAAGAUUUAACCCAAGAUGAGGAAUAAUAUUGAAACUUUUAGCACAAUUUUUUUUACGAAUUUGGCCCAGAAAUUGAUACAUGAAAUAAACCUAGAAGAUAACGAUUCUACCGAAAUAAAGCUUGAAUAUGUGAAUGACGAGGUUUCAGUUUCUAUAUUGAUGCUGUCUUACGUGUAUAGACCUGCUUUUAGGGAACGUUUCAUUGAAGUAUUUCCUAUUCUCAUGCGUGCAAAGGAAAAUUUUCUUUUUCUUUCCAAUCACCAAGUCAUAAAAACGAAGCAAUUUUACAUACAACAAACUACAGAAGCUUUAAACGACGCUUUCCACCGUUUUAUUGAACAAGACUUUACUAAGGAUGGAUGGACAAACAUACGAAGGGAAGCUGAAAAAAUAGCAAGAGGAUUUAAAUUUUUAGAACCGUUUAUGAGCAAAGAGACUCUAAACGGAACUAUUAGUAAAGUGGCAGAUGCAAUUCUACCUGAAAACUAUGGUUUCGAAAACAAGAACCAGCAGACAAAUGCCAUGAUGCCUCGAAGACCUUCGCAGCAGAUGAAGAGUAUUAAAGCAUCCUACAAUGAGCCAUCUUCACCAAGUUCCCCAGUGGUGAAUAUCUCUCAAGCUGGAGUUUCGAUUCUUCUUGUUGAAGAUUUGCUAACUAAUAAUAUAGUUUAUACUGCUCAAAAUCAGUCACAUACAACAUUUUCUUUCGGAACAAUAGAUCAAGACCCAAAAAUUUCGUGUUUAAUGCAGUGCUCUGAUCGUCAAGAUAAAGUUGUUACAUCUGAAAAUCAACCCUCCGGAAUGGUUCCAAAUUUAUCAAAAACUGCCGAUACUGCAAAUUCUUCUGAUAGCAAAUCGCAAGCUCAAGAAAAUUUCACAGAAAGAAGUUUUGAAAAUGAAACAGAACCUUCCUUCAGGACAGUAAAAAAAACUGAGAAUGGAAUGGGUGAAACCUGUGACGCGACCAAUGUAGUUAUUUCUGAAGAGGAAUUAAUGGAUGGCGAAAAACAAUUUUGGAAAUACUUUUUAGGUGAAAAUUCAGAAGAUGAAUUGGAACCUUCCUACCAGAUAGUUAGACAAAUGGAGAACUGUGGAAGCGAAAACUUUAUAGCUAGCAACGAAAUCAUUUCCGAACAAGAAUUAAUGGAUGCAGCUGAGCAGUUUUGGAAAGAUAAUUUAACUUUGUAUUCAAUAACUGAGCUUAUAGUAGAUGCAAAUGAACAACACUUCCAUGACUUGAAAGAAAAAAAUGAUUAUGGAUGUGAUGUGUUCUCCAAAGAUGAGAAUGUUAGUGAUUCAAAAGGUGAGACACUCUCGAAAGAAACGAUUAUUGAUGAUCCAGAAGGAGAGACACUCUCGAAAGAAGCGAUUAUUGAUGAUCCAGAAGGUGAGACACUCUCGAAAGAAGCGAUUAUUGAUGAUAAAGAAGGAGAGACACUCUCGAAAGAAGCGAUUAUUGAUGAUCCAGAAGGAGAGACACUCUCGAAAGAAGCGAUUAUUGAUGAUCCAGAAGGAGAGACAUUCUCGAAAGAAGCAAUUAUUGAUGAUCCAGAAGGAGAGACAUUCUCGAAAGAAGCAAUUAUUGACGAUCCAGAAGGAGGGACACUCUUGAAAGAAGCAAUUAUUGACGAUCCAGAAGGAGAGACAUUCUCGAAAGAAGCAAUUAUUGAUGAUCCAGAAGGAGAGACAUUCUCGAAAGAAGCAAUUAUUGAUGAUCCAGAAGGAGAGACAUUCUCGAAAGAAGCAAUAAUUGAUGAUCCAGAAGGAGAGACAUUCUCGAAAGAAGCAAUAAUUGAUGAUUCAAAAGGUGGGACACUCUCGAAAGAAACGAUUAUUGAUGAUCCAGAAGGAGAGACACUCUCGAAAGAAGCGAUUAUUGAUGAUCCAGAAGGUGAGACACUCUCGAAAGAAGCGAUUAUUGAUGAUAAAGAAGGAGAGACACUCUCGAAAGAAGCGAUUAUUGAUGAUCCAGAAGGAGAGACACUCUCGAAAGAAGCGAUUAUUGAUGAUCCAGAAGGAGAGACAUUCUCGAAAGAAGCAAUUAUUGACGAUCCAGAAGGAGGGACACUCUUGAAAGAAGCAAUUAUUGACGAUCCAGAAGGAGAGACAUUCUCGAAAGAAGCAAUUAUUGACGAUCCAGAAGGAGGGACAUUCUCGAAAGAAGCAAUUAUUGAUGAUCCAGAAGGAGGGACAUUCUCGAAAGAAGCAAUUAUUGAUGAUCCAGAAGGAGAGACAUUCUCGAAAGAAGCAAUUAUUGACGAUCCAGAAGGAGAGACAUUCUCGAAAGAAGCAAUUAUUGACGAUCCAGAAGGAGAGACAUUCUCGAAAGAAGCAAUUAUUGAUGAUCCAGAAGGAGAGACAUUCUCGAAAGAAGCAAUUAUUGAUGAUCCAGAAGGAGAGACAUUCUCGAAAGAAGCAAUAAUUGAUGAUCCAGAAGGAGAGACAUUCUCGAAAGAAAAUACAUUGGCAACUGGAAAUGUUCUAAACUUUCCAGGAAAUCAGUCUGUAGCAUUCCAUCAGAGACACUCGAAUGCUGCAUUCCAAUUUCUCAACACAAAUGAAGAGAUUUCUUCCCAUCAAAAUGAGGCUCAACGAUUAAACAAAAUCGAAACGAAUUUUCAAACAGACGGAAAUAAUCCCUUCACGAAAAUAUUACACCUGAAUCUGGACGGGAAAAAAUUAGUCCUGCAAUUUCCUGCCGAUAUAAUCUUAAUAUUUAAGUACAACGGUUCAAAUUUGAGCUCUAAGCAACCAAAAACAUGA